CACAUUCAACACACAUGGCAAAUCCCAUCAUCAUCAUCGCCUUCCAAAUCCUCCUCCUUGCAGCCGCUGUCUCCGCAAGAAAAGGCGAAGACUUUGCAAAAACCAUUGACCGGAAACUCCUCGGCCUCCGGAAAGAGAAACUCACUUUUUUCCGAGUCUAUUGGCACGACAUUCAAAGCGGCUCGAACCCUAGCUCGGUCGUGCUCCGACCUCCUCUCUCCAACUCUUCCUUCUUUGGAGCGGUCACUGUGAUCGACAACCGGCUAACUACAGAGGUCCGGGUCAACUCGACAUUGGUAGGCCAGGCUCAAGGGAUCUACGCUGCUGUUGGUCAACGCGAUGCGUCUGCGCUUAUGGUGAUGAACUUUGCGUUCACGACAGGGAAGUAUAACGGGAGUACGAUCUCGAUUCUUGGUCGGAACGCUGUGUUUACUAAGGUUAGAGAGAUGCCGGUGAUUGGAGGAAGUGGACUCUUCCGGUUCGCAAGAGGUUAUGUUGAGGCUAGAACCAUGUGGUUGGAUCAAAAGACAGGAGAUGCUACUGUUGAGUACAGCUGCUACGUCUUGCAUUAUUGACGAUAAUGAUGAUUGUAUCUCUCUUAGUUUCUUUAUUUAGUUUGCUAUGUUUCGGGGUAUGUUGUCUUGUGUCGGUUUGACCCAUGGAUGACUCUUGCGAGGGUAAUUAUGUCUAUUUCAUUAUUUGACACAUUUUUGUAUCAACGAGAAGUCAAAUAAAUCGUGUCAACAAA